AUGUCGGAAUUUCAGCAGAUGCAAGGAAGUCUCCAUAAAUCUCGAUCUAAGAUCGAGGCUGGAAUCUUCAUUUGGAUCUCCAAACUCAAGCUGCUUCCCUUUUUGCUACUGCUUGUUGCUUUUGCAGAACUUGAACAUGUAAAGGAUGCACAAGGCUUGAAUGGGAAACUAGAAAUUGCUGGUCGGACAAUCAAGGCAUUGAGUAUCAUUUCAAUUUCUCUCCUUGCAGUAAAAAACCUCUCAUAUUUUUCUCCAUUAUUUAUCACUGGGGUGCUAGAGGCCAUUUCUACGGACAUGUUGAUGAACAUAUACAUAUUGGGUUUGAAUCAGCUGUCUGACAUUGAAAUAGAUAAGAAGUGGCAACUCAUGUAUGCUCAAUCAUCUUGUAAGGGAUCUUCAUCAACUUCUCGUCGUCAUGGAUUUAGUGCUGCUCCAUUCUUGCAGAAGACUGGUUUGAUACUUUUUCACAAUGCAAAAUGCCAUUUUUUGCAGGCAUUUGCAUCUUUUUCAAAAUCUAGGGGAUGGCUUGAGCACAGAUAUCGGCAGAACGUAUUCAUCAUCAAAGUUCACUCUGACUCUCAAGACAACAGCAUUCCUCAAGGAAGAGUCCUGAUGAACAAAACAGCUCAGGUUGAGGGAAGAAAUGGAGAGAGGAUAAGAUCAAGGCCACCGAGAUGUGAAAAAAAGUUGUGUCAAUUAAGGUGGUUCCCUUUUUUCUUUCUGACUGAAAGGUGCAGAGCUACUUCUGGAAAGAUGGCUAUAAUUGGAGGAAGAAGAAAGAUGGAAAGGUGGUGGAAGAGGCUCAUGAAAGGUUCAUGGUAUGUGCUGGAUCAUAUUUCUCUGCUUCACGAACUUCAAUAG